AUGAUUUUGCUUGAUCCUACCCCGAAAAACAUGAGACACAACGAGAAGGGAAGAUCCUCACAUUUGGCCACCAUACUGUGUAUCUGGUGCGGCACAUCACUCACGGCUAGAUACAUCUCCACUGGAUGUACAACGCACGAGAAGGAGAGGAGCGAAUUGGGAAUGUCCAUUGGAUGCUGUCCAACCACCUUUCUGAGUAACCAUUAA